AUGAGCGCAAGGCUGGACUCGAUCCAGAAGCAGGAACGAGCAGCAAGAAAUAGAGCUCGCAUCAAGGAAGAGAACAUGUCAAGAGUGAAGCUUGGCACUAGAUUGUGGGAAGAAAGGCUCUAUGCGAUCAAGACCAGUCAGCUUUCUCUUGAAGAGCAAGGAAUCCCGUCACAGCAAUCUCCGUCGACUCCCAAGAGUCCAUCGCACAAGACGCUCGAGAAUUUGAGUCCAACGUUGAGCCUGAGGAAUGUGAUGGAGAGUGGAAUGGAGAUUGAGCAAUUCAAGGCGCUUGUUGGCAACGUCGAAGAAGAGAUGAUACGCUUGAACUCGCAAGCAAGUGCCCUAGAAGCCCAGACAAAUCUCUCAAACCAACUUGCGCAAACGAUUGAUGAGAUGAGAAAAGAGAUUGCACAAGAAUUGCAAUGUGAGAGACAAAGAUCGCAUCAGCUUCUCUUGCAAAACUCGGAAUUAUCUUCCAAACUGAUCCGAUCAAAAGUCGAAAACGAAUCGAUAAAGACUUCUGUUCGGAAAAGUCCCAAGAGCUUUUUGUACUCGCUGACUUUUGAAGCCUUCCAGACAUGGAAGACGUUGAGGAGGCAGAGAUUGUUCUUUCAUGACUGCAGGAGAAGAGUGGAGAGGAUAAGAGAACAUUUCGACCAAAUCUUGCUGUCCGAUGUCCUACACUCUUGGCAUGACAGCACGCCGAGCAACACGUCAAACAUUCAAAUCCUCAAGGAGAAGAUUCAAAGUCUACAAGCACAAGUGAAAGACUUGUAUCGGGCCCUUAUCGUGCAUGCUAAGCCUCGAUCACGGCAGAAGUCGACCCUCCAAGGAGAGCUGGCAGAAGCAACAAAUCGACUUGAGAGGACGACGAAGGAGCUGUGGGAGGUCAAAGGACAGACAGCAGAGGAGCUAACAGUAGAGGAGGUGAAGAAAUCUCGAAUAUUCGAGCUGAAGUACCUGGAGCUAGAGGAGCGAUGCCGCUGCAUUGCCGCAGAGGAGCAUCCGAGUCUGAAGGGGCUCCAAAUGGACGAGGAGAAGAUGACGGGGGAGAGGGGAGGGGAAGGGCUGAGGAUGCAGCAAGACUCUGACGACACAGUUAAGCUCAUGGAGCGUGACGAGCAGCAGGGAGCAAUCUCCCCCGUGAGCUCCGAUUCGAUCUUUGAUAUCUGA